AUGCAUCGCGUGUACAGAGGCAACCGUGGUUCUCUCUCGACCGCGACUGCGGCCAGACAGAAGAUUAACACUUCCAAAACCCAUCCACUCGGAGAUGUCAUUGAGCGUGUCACCAGGGGCAGCCUCUCCGACACUGGUGUCCGCGCAGAGAUCGACAACGUCCAGUUUGUUGCAUCUUACAACUGGGUCAGCUCUUCAACCCCAACGAUACUCAUCCCAGGCGAGCCUCCCAAAUGGAUGCCCCUCAAGGGCGACAACAAAUUGCCCCAAGAUUCCGGCGAUUACUAUCGCGACCUCAACGCCGCUUCUUACCCCAAGCAUCCCUUGGAGCCUGCCAUCGUCUCAAUCAUGAAGAUGCAUCCAGAGCCCAUGCCCGUCAACAUUGUCGCAUGCGGUAGCUCAAUAGGUAACCUCCUACGUUAUGCCAGAGGGGUGGAUCUGGACCACUGCUUUCGCAUUCUCGUUGAGAGGGUUGGCGACACUGUCCAUCUCAUUCGCAGAGAGGAUUCACCUGAUCAGACAAUCGAGGAUGUCCGUGGAUUUGGGCAUACCUUUCCCGAGGCGUACACUACAUGGGGCUCUGGAGCUAAGCGGUCCAAGACUCACCAAAGAAUCAUUUCCUAUAACUUUGCCGGUCAUGACCUACUUGUACGCUUCGAAGGUGACGGGUUUAUUGGUUCGUCCAGCCCCGAAACUACUGUCAAGUCCAGCGACAAGGUGUCCAACAAAGAUGAUUUGGACCAGAUCGAAGACCUUGACGUCAGUCAUUUGCCAGUAGACACCAACAACAACCUUGUCAUUUUGGACGCUGGCGAGAAUGUCCCUCACAGCAGCAUCUUCGACUUGAAGACACGAUCGGUGUAUACCCGCACAAGGGAUCAUCUCGGAAACCAACUCCCGCGCUUGUGGAUUUCCCAGAUCUCGCAGUUCCUCCUCGCCUACCACGAAAAAGGCCUCUUCCGGGAAAGCGACAUCGAGAUAAAAAAUGUCAAAUCCGAUGUUGACAAAUGGCAAGAUGAGAACCAGCCAUCGCUCAAUCGUCUUGCUGCCCUCUUUCACGUCAUCAUGGACAGUGUCCGAAACUCUGAGGAUGGUAAGUUGGAAAUCGUCUGGUCGCAAGAUGGCUCUCUCGAAAUUCGCAAACAACUUCCAGACGCAGGGGACGUUCUGUCGAAGUCUGUCAGGGAGCAAUGGGAGGCUUGGCUGGGAGGUGAGAAUGAGGACGAGAAUGACCCAGAAGGUUCCGGGCGUUGGGAAGACUUCAUGGCAACACUCUCAGACAGUGAUGACGAGAGUGAUUACGCUGCAUGUGACGCUGAGUGCGGCUACUGUGGAAAGUGCAAGUAG